GUAAAUUAUUUCAACACACAAGCAGAGAGUUGAGCGUACCAAAUUGCCGAGGCGUAAGAGAAAACAGAAGAAGACGACGGAAGAAUGGGCGUUGAUUACUACAAGAUUCUUCAGGUUGAUCGUAAUGCUAACGACGAGGACUUGAAGAAAGUGUACAGGAAGCUCGCCAUGAAGUGGCAUCCAGAUAAGAAUCCUGAGAACAAAAGCGAUGCCGAAGCCAAAUUCAAGAAAAUUUCAGAAGCUUAUUAUGUUUUGAGUGAUCCUCAAAGACGAGCUGUGUAUGAUCAGUUAGGAGAGGAGGGUUUAAACUUGAAGAUGGGAACGCCAUCGCCAAGUGGUUCUUGUAGUAGCCGUACCAGACAUGCUUCGUCGACUGGGUUUUCCUUUGAUGUAAAAAGUGGUUCCAAUGAUUUGUUUAUGGGGUUGUUUGGUUUUCCGAACCCUUUUGGAGGGAUGGAACACAUGGCUGACUCUCGUGCUGCUGCUUAUAGUUUUUCAGAUGGUUUGUUAGGUGAUAAUAUAUCUCCCUCCCUUAGACAUGGAGUUGGUCUGGGCUCCAAUUAUAUGAGGAAAGGUGCUACAAUAGAGAAGGCUUUGCUGUGUAGUUUAGAAGAACUAUACAUGGGUUGUGUGAAGAAGAUGAAGAUUGCUAGGGAUGCCAUCGAUAAUACUGGGAGACCUACUACGGUGGAUAAAAUCAUAACAGUGAACAUCAGGCCUGGAUGGAAGAAGGGAACUAAAAUUACAUUUCCAGAAUUAGGAGAUCCACAUUCGAGAGUAAUACCCUCAAAGCUUGUGCUUACCCUUGAUGAAAUCCCUCACAGAGUUUUCAAAAGGGAUGGCAACGAUCUUAUUGCCACCCAAGAUAUCACUCUGGUUGAAGCUCUAACAGGAUACACUCUGCAUCUAACAACUCUUGGUGGUCGAAACCUAACGAUUUCGAUUGAUUCGGUCGUUGGGCCCAGUUAUGAAGAAGUAGUUGUGGGAGAAGGGAUGCCAAUUCCCAAGGAACCUUCAAGAAAUGGGAAUUUGAGAAUCAAGUUCAACAUUAAGUUCCCCAUCAAACUGACGUCAGAGCAAAAAAUGGGGAUCAAUCAGUUAUUAACCUCUUCAUAAAAGAUGGUAACUCAUUUUACUCGUCGUAUAUACACACACAUAUGUAUUUCUUUUUUCUUCUAGGGUAUUGUAAGAAGUAAAUAGUGUUUUGUUGGAUGCAACAAAAUGAACGAGAUACUGAGUUUAGUAGCUUGAAAUUGAAUGUUUCAUUUCUUCACAAAUGCAAUUUAUGAAUCCGAGCUGGAUAACUACUAUCAUA